CAAUUCUAGUUAAGUUUCAGAGAAGAAGCAAUGGCGGAGACUCCGGUGGAUCCUCUUUCUGUGAAGGAUUUUAGUAAGGUUAUUUUAACCUUAGAUAAUGUCCUUAUUCCACCAGAAAAGUUAUCAACAACACCGUCGAUGCAAGAUGGUUUAGAUUUAGAUACUGAAAUAGAUCUUCGAUUUCUGGGGUGUGAACUUAUUCAGACAGCAGGCAUCCUCCUAAAACUUCCUCAGGUCGCAAUGGCUACAGGUCAAGUUAUUUUUCAGAGGUUUUAUUACUCAAAGUCAUUUGUGAAACACAACAUGGAGGUUGUGGCAAUGGCAUGUACAAACCUUGCCUCAAAAAUUGAAGAAUGUCCACGUAGAAUUCGAGAUGUUGUAAAUGUUUUUCAUCAUGUUAAACAAGUCAGAAGUGGCAGGACAAUACAUCCAUUAAUUCUAGACCAAAACUACAUAAAUCUAAAAAAUCAAGUUAUAAAGGGAGAAAGACGAAUCUUAAAGGAAUUGGGAUUUUGUGUACAUGUAAAACACCCACAUAAGAUAAUUGUCAUGUUUUUACAAGUGUUAGAAUGUCAACAAAAUAAACGAUUAGUCCAAUGUGCCUGGAAUUAUAUGAAUGAUAGCUUUAGAACAGAUGUAUUUGUAAGAUACCAUCCUGAAACAAUCGCAUGUGCUUGUAUAUAUCUAGCUGCUAGACAAUUACAGAUUGCCUUGCCUAUCAAUCCAUCUUGGUUUGGAUUAUUCCAAGUUGAUGAAGAGGAAAUACAACAGAUCUGUUUAACAUUAUUAUACUUAUAUUCUAGAAAAAAGCCAAAUUAUGAAGAAUUAGAAAGAGUAGUUGAUAAAGCUAAGAAACUUCAAGUGGAGGCGAAGUUGAAAGCUAAAGGUCUUACCUCAGAUUAUGGUACACCAAAUAGUCAGUCUAGACAAAAUUCACCUAAAAAUGUUAGUCCAUCUGUAAAUAUUAUACCUGGUAUGAAACGUGUAAGAAUGGAGGAUGAACCACAUUCGGACAGUGAUAAAAAUCAUCGCAAUGGUAAAAAACGUCAUCGAUCAGAUAGUGAAGGAACUGAUUCCCCUAGACACAGAAGUAGAUCAAGGAGCCGCUCAUCUAGUAACAGUUUUACGCGAAGUCCAAGACGUAAAAAUAAGUCUCCCAGAAAACUGAAAAAAGAAAGAAGAUCACCUAGUCAUCAUUAUCAUAAAGACAAACAUACACAUAAAAAGAAACGACACGUGGUUUCAAGGAGUCGUAGUCGCUCAUUUUCCCCAUCUCCAGAUCGUUAUAAGGCAAAAAGAUAUCAUAAAGAAAAAGCCCGAUAUGGUUACAGUCCAGAUAGAUAUUCUAGAAAACAGCGAAACGGUCAUCGGAGCCCUACUAGAGACAGAUAUGACAAAUAUAGACGAUGAUGUUUGCUCAUUCUAGAUAAUAAUUUUAUAUGAAAUGGGUAACGGUGCAAAAUCAUGUCCAAAAUCAUGUCAGAACUAUUAAAAAAAAAAAUGACUGUGAUAAAAAAAAUAGCCCAGCGAUAUAUUCAUACAUAUAGCAUAUUAUUUCAUCAUCAUCAGAAAACCUUAUAUUUAACAAAUAUAAUUUGUUUUAUGUGAGGCAAAUUAGCAUAACAUGGCAUAAUCAUGAAUUAUGAAAGUGGUAUAAGAGGAGAAUUAAAGGCCACUGAAAGUUUGAUUUAUUUACAUGUUAUAGAUUGGUCCAGAUCUAUUAACUAUGUCAAUUUGUUCUGAAUUAUUUUAUGUAUAUUUUAACAUAAGUUAUUACACUAUUUGUAUAGACAAUUAUAGAGCCAGUAAAACGAUUUUUUUUUUUUUUUUAACCAGUUGAUUAUUAAACCUAUAUCAAAAGACUGAAUUAUCCUGAUGCAAAGAUAAGAAAAAUAUUCUUGAUUAAAUUAUGUUGUGGUAGUAGUUCUUUUGAAUUCUAUUAAGUUUAUUAACACAAUGUCUAGUUUUGAAUAAAUGUGUUAAUAAAUAUACUGAAUAAAUUAGAAUCUGAGAAAGAUACUCAUUAAUCCUCUUUAUGUGAUUAAAUAGGUACCAGUACAUUCCUACUUUCAGUUUAAUUAGUAUGAAAUGAAGUCUGAAUUAAUAUUAUUUCAACUUGCCUUCCUCAGGGGUUAUCUGAACUAAAAUUAUCAUCUUUAUGUUAUAAUAAGAUUUUUUCUUAUUGUUUUGGACAACAAAGUAUUGAGAACAUUGUAUUUUACAUUUUGUAAAUAAAUAAUGUAAAUAGUGA